GCGGGGAGAGCCCCGGAGCCGGGCAUUAUUACUAGGCAGCUCCCUGUACAGCCUGCAUCUGCUCACUUGACAGCAUCUGUAGCGUGAGGAAGUACUGGACGUUUCUGUCAGGCAGCAACAUAAAGUUUAAAGAUGGCAGAGAAAUUCAAGAUCGAGAGUCCCCAUGUGAGAUAUUUAAAGGAUGUGAUAGAAGCUGAUUACAGCUAUGAAACCACACAGGUCUGCGAGGAGAAUGGUGUUACCAAGGUAAAGCCAUGUUCCACCAAAUUCACUUUCCGGACAGAGAGGAAGGUGCCUAAACUAGGGGUCAUGUUGGUAGGCUGGGGUGGAAACAACGGAACUACAGUCACUGCAGCUGUGCUGGCCAAUCAGAUGGGGCUUUCCUGGAUGACCAAGACAGGGAAGAAGGUAGCCAAUUAUUAUGGCUCCCUCUUCCAGUCUUCUACGGUGUGCCUGGGCACCGGCCCUGCAGGGGAUAUCUACAUACCAUUCCGGGAUCUUCUUCCCAUGGUGCAUCCUAAUGAUAUAGUCUUUGAUGGUUGGGAUAUUUCGUCCUUGAACCUGGCAGAUGCAAUGAGAAGAGCUGAAGUUUUGGAUUGGCAGCUUCAAGAGCAGCUGAGCCCGUAUAUGGAGAAGCUGAAGCCCAGACCUUCCAUUUACGUUCCGGACUUCAUAGCAGCCAAUCAGGAGGGCAGAGCUGACCAUGUUAUUCAUGGAACCAAAGCAGAACAGGUUCAAAAGAUUCGAGAAGAUAUUCAAGACUUUAAAAGGACGAGUGGUGUGGACAAGGUUAUUGUACUGUGGACUGCAAACACAGAACGUUUCUGUGAUCUGAUCCCUGGUGUUAAUGACACAGCUGAUAAUUUACUGAAAGCUAUUGAACAUGGCUUAGAAGUAUCUCCAUCCACAAUGUUUGCAGUGGCCAGCAUUUUGGAGGGCUGUGCCUACAUCAACGGAUCACCCCAAAACACAUUUGUUCCUGGUGCAAUCGAGCUGGCAAUAAAGCACAAGGUUUUCAUCGGUGGGGAUGACUUUAAAUCUGGCCAGACUAAGAUUAAGUCCGUUUUGGUGGAUUUCCUUGUCUGUGCUGGAAUAAAGACUGCCUCUAUUGUGAGUUACAAUCACUUGGGUAAUAACGAUGGGAAGAAUCUAUCUGCUCCACAACAGUUCCGCUCCAAGGAGAUCUCAAAGAGCAACGUGGUGGAUGACAUGGUUCAGUCAAACCCUAUACUGUAUGGACCGGAUGAAAAGCCAGACCACUGUGUGGUGAUCAAAUAUGUUCCUUAUGUGGGAGACAGCAAGCGAGCAAUGGAUGAGUACACGUCAGAAAUAAUGAUGGGAGGGACCAACACAAUUGUCAUUCAUAACACAUGUGAGGACUCCCUGCUUGCAAGCCCCAUCAUCCUGGAUCUGGUGAUUCUCACUGAGCUCUGCCAGAGGAUAACCUUCUGCACGGAGACCGAUCUGGAGUUCCAGACUUUCCACAGCGUCCUGUCCAUCCUCAGCUUUCUCUGCAAAGCCCCGCUUGUUCCAGAGGGAACUCCCGUUAUCAAUGCGCUCUUCAGGCAGAGGAACUGCAUUGAGAACAUCUUCAGGGCUUGCUUGGGUCUUUCUCCCCAAAACAACAUGCUACUGGAGCACAAGAUGCAGAGAAGUUUUAUGCAUUUGAAGCGACCUAACACUGUCUCCACUCCUUGUCCUAUCUCCAUCAAAAAGGGAAGCAUCAAAGUUAAUGGCUUUCAUUCUGACGGCAUCAGCAAUGGCUAUUCCAAUGGACUGGAGAAGGCUGUGACCACCAGCGAUACUGAGAUUGAGAAUUAGUCAGGGUGGGGGCACUGCUCACGUUUGACUUUUUAGAACAUUAUGGACAAUCUCUUAGGGAGAUAAGCAACCUAGAAGUUUGGAUUCCACACUACAGUCGUUGCUCAAAUAGCUUUUAGCCUCUUAGAAAUGCCUCUGCGCUGUUCUAGACAGAAUAGUCUCUUUUCAAUGGUUACCACUUAAUGUGAGUUAUGUGGUGAUCUUCAGAGGUCACGAAAUGAACCACUGAAAACUGGAGUCUUUCAUUUUAGUGAAUAUUAUGUUUGCUUUAGAGUUGUAUCCUUUGUUCUGCAAAUCCUUUAGCGGCUGUAGUCUUUAUUUUCUUAACUGUACUUAAUAUGCUUCUGAUGAUAUUUGUAUUUCUGAUAUUCAUAAUUUUUACAAAACAUUUUUUUUCUAUGAGUAGGAAAUAUUUGAAGUUUGGAUAAAUUGGGUUAGAAAGCAACCUCCUGUUCUCUUGUAUGAUAUACUUGUAGGAUUUGAGGCUUGAAGUUUGAUUUGUUGAGAGAUACAUUUUAAGGAAGGUAUUCUUGUUAUUUCUCAUUAAAAUAAAAAUCUAUUUAAUAUUAA